GCGCUGCUGUCGCAGCGGUGAUAGAAAAGCAAAACAGUUGUCAAACACGAACUGGAUUUUGAUAUUCUUUUAAAAAACUAAAAUUUGACUUAAUUUCAAUGUUUUUGUAUAAGGAGAAUUGUGCAGACUUGUAGUAAACGGAAAGUUUUACAAAAUGAACUGCUGUGUAAUCCCGGGAUGCGGGAACAAGUUCCAGCUGUACCGGGUGCCCAACUCCGGAAAUAAUCGCUUCCGGCAAUGGAAGAAGGUCGCGCCUGUUUUUGGAACUGGAUCCGAGCGGAUUUGCUCUCACCAUUUCAUCGAAACGGACUUCGUGGAAAAUAUCCGGAAGAAGCUGAAGAGCACUGCAAUCCCCUCCAUCAACUUGCCGGCGGAAAGGUUGAAAGCAUCAAACAAAAUAGGCUGCUGCGUUUUGGGAUGCCGCUCCAAAGACAUCAAGAAUAUGGAAAAGUUUCCCUCCAUGACAUCGAAAGCUUGGCUGAAAUGGGCAAACAUACUGGGCUGUGCGGAGGCUAAUACAGCGGGGUGGAAAAUCUGCCAGAA